GCCCUAGGCUAGACGACGUUGAUGUCAACUGUUUGUUUUGGUUGGUGGUUCGUCUGUAAUUCAAAACAAAAAUGGGUUUAUUCCAGCAACAAAACAGAUUAUUACUAGACCCUUUAAUACGAUAUUGUUCUAACAAGUAUCUUUCUGAGAGAUUAGUAAAGUCUUCUUAUUGUAUUUUCAAAACAAGUCGAAGGAAUGUUUCUAAUAAUGGCGAAUGGUCGGAUGAUGAAGUCCGAAAAAUGAGGCUCAUAAAGCGAGUAGGAGCUGGUGUUCUCUUCAGUGCAACUCUCGGGUUAGCUAUUUACAGCAAAAGAAGCAAAGCCCAAAGACUUCGAGAUUGCUUGGAGGAUUGUGAAAGGCUGCCACCAGAUAAUGAUUAUACAUCUUCCAUGGCCUCAGAGUUCUAUCGCUGCAAAUCUUGCAUAUUUCCUGGUGACAUAAUCAAAUCUGGAACAUUGAAAAAAUUGGAAUCUCUUGAACUGAAGGGAAAUGAUGUUAUUGUUGCCAGCUUUCCUAAAUCAGGAACAACAUGGAUGCAAGAAAUUGUAUAUUUGAUUCAAACUGGCUUGGAUUUUGAAGGAGCUCAGAAGCAAGUUCUUGAGACAAGAUUUCCAUACCUGGAACAUCCAUAUCCUGGUUUAGCAGCUAUUAAGAAAACAGAGGGUCCGCGAUUUAUCAAAACUCAUUUGCCCUUGUCUUUGCUUCCAAAAUCUGCCUUGGAAAAUGGGACCAAGGUGAUUUACAUAGUAAGAAAUCCAAAGGAUGUGGCAGUAAGUUACUACUAUUUUCUUCGUAUGGCGACCUUUGUGGGUUACCGUGGUGGGAUGAACGAUUUUAUCAAAAAAUUCAUUAAAGGCGAAGUUCCGUACGGUCCAUAUUUUGAACAUGUUCUCGGAUAUUGGAAGCAGCAUCAGAAAAAUUCAAAUUACGGCAGUAAUCUCUUAUGGAUCACUUAUGAGGAGAUGCACAGAGAUCCUGAAGGUUCUAUCCGACGUGUUGCCCAUUUCCUUGAUCGCCCUCUGACAGAUGAUCAGGUUCGCCUUAUUGCUGCCCACACCCGAUUUGAUAACAUGGCCCGAAAUCCAUCAGUUAAUUACUCGCAUUGGGAUGACUUGGGUCUGAGAAACAAGGAAGAAGCGCCUUUUAUGAGAAAUGGUCUUGUAGGAGACUGGCGCAGCUACUUUGAUCGGGAAACUAACCGACGCUUCGACGAUUUUAUUAAACAGCAUCUCGAAAGCAGUGGAUUGAAAUUUGAAUUUGUCCCUGCCGACGAAAAAUAAAUCAAUGAAGAAACUGGAAUGGUUAUUAUCCGGACGAAUGUACACAACCAUUUCUAGUCAAUAGUGCUGUACAUACAUUACACCAUCAUAACGGAUAUUGAGAAAUAAAGUCGACAAAGUUAGCUUUAAAAGCUGAUUUUUUUUAAGCAUUGAAAA